AUGGGCGAGCAUAAUCUUCUUAAUCCCGGUUCCGGGUUUGUGGGACCUUUGGUAAACAUCCACACUGGAGACACAUUUUACCUCCCCAAUUUCAGAGCGUCCGGGGGACAACUGGCGGGUCUAACCUCUCUCUCCUACCCAAGAAGGGACAAUGUAUGCUCGCUCCCUUGGACCCCUUCGGAGCCGUGCAAUGGAUAUCCUCAACCCUACUUUAGCAGUCCCAUGCCCAUCAAUCCCUCUUUCAACCGUGCAUGUGAAAUCACCAGACAAGAUGAAAGCAAAUGUUUUUACAGCAAUGGUGGCGGCAACAGGGAACCCUGCGCUGAAAGCGCAAACCUCAAACGUGAAGAGAGGGCAAGAGGAGACUCCUCUUCCUCCAUAACGACGGAGCAUGGACUGCACAACGGGAUGGGCAACAAUGGUACAUUUUCCAAGUACGACUAUGGCCCGGAGCAGUUGACCCAAGAUCCGCCAUCCUGUCAAUCCCUAGAAUCUGACUCCAGUUCAUCGCUGCUCAAUGAAGGGAGCAAAUCUUCUGCAGGCAUCACUCAGGCGUUGACAUCCCCUGGCAAUCACGCACUAAGCACAGCCGCGGGUGGAGGCGCCCCGUGGUAUCCAAUGCACACCCGAACCCGAAAGAAACGUAAACCCUACUCCAAACUCCAGCUGGCUGAGCUGGAAGGCGAUUUCAUGCUCAAUGAGUUCAUCACCAGACAGCGGCGGAGAGAACUCUCUGACCGCCUAAACCUCAGCGACCAACAGGUUAAAAUAUGGUUCCAGAACCGGCGGAUGAAGAAGAAGAGAUUGAUGCUUAGGGAGCAGGCCUUGUCCUUCUUCUAAAAGGGAGAGAGAGGCGAAAGAGAGAUUGUGAAGAGGAAUAUAGGCAGGCAGUAUUUUAAAUUAAACGUACUGUAUUUUGGUGUAAUCAAAUUCGAUCGCAUAGCAUGCACAGUAUGAAGUCUGAUGUCUUUAAGAAAGAGGACGCAUCUGGUUUAUCAAUACAUAUUUCGAAAAACAAAUUAAUAGUCCAAAUAUAUGUUUAUCUGACCUUGAGUCGCAUAAAACGUUACUAAAGUAGUGACAGUGCAAGGGGUUAAGUAUUCCCUAGCCUGUAUUCUGUGUUCUUUGAUAGGCCUAUAGAAACAUCCCAUUCGUAAACGCCCUGGAAUGAAAGGCACAGUAAUUUGGCAAAAUAUAAUUUGUGAUUUGUACAUUUUUUGAUACACAUAUAUUUGACUUUGUAGUUUCCCAUAACUUUACCAAUACAAUACCUACACACUUGUGGCUCACUCGCUAGGGCGGAACGUCCUAGAUCAACCAUCAAAGUUUAUCUGGGGUUUAAAAAUGGAUUUGAUUUAAGAUAUGAACAAGUAGCCUAUAGUUGUGAAGAAUAUGAAGCUAACAGAAAGUUACGGAUUUCAUGCUAUUGGAUUCAAGUCAAUAGUAAGUAUCAAUUAAUAGAUCAGUUCAAUUCACGAAUGCACAGCAGCCUGUAUUUAUAAACCAUUUACGUCCAUCGCCUGAGUUUAGUGAAAUUAUGAUUGAACUGACCACGAUUCUGUUUCAUAAAUUAGAGUUUAUAGGGCUUCUAUAGCCUAUACGCCUAUGUAGGCGACGGUGCAUUAUGGCUAUUGCGCAUAAUAGUUUACAUCUAAUCUACAUUCCACCAGUAGUCUAUUUAAUAAGU